AUGGCGGGCGCCGCGCUGCUGCUGCUGGGGCUGGGGCUGGGGCUGCUGGUGGGGGCGGCCGGGGGCGGCAUCCGGCUGCCCUUGCGGGGCGGGCGCGGGCGCGGGGCUGGGCCGCUGGAGGGCCGGGGGCGGCGGGCGGCGGGGCUGCUGGAGCAGGCCGGGCCAUGGGGCAGCUUCUUGGACAUGAUCGACAACUUGCGGGGCAAGUCCGGCCAGGGCUACUACGUGGAGAUGACGGUGGGCAGCCCGCCGCAGAAGCUGAAUAUCCUGGUGGACACAGGGAGCAGUAAUUUUGCUGUGGGUGCAGCACCUCACCCCUUCCUGAGGCGGUACUACCGGCACCAGCUCUCCAGCACCUACCGGGACCUGCGGAGGGGAGUCUACGUGCCGUACACGCAAGGGAAGUGGGAGGGAGAGCUGGGCACGGACCUGGUCACCAUCCCGCAUGGCCCAAACGUCACCGUGCGCGCCAACAUUGCUGCCAUCACCGAGUCAGACAAGUUUUUCAUCAACGGAUCCAACUGGGAAGGGAUCCUGGGCUUAGCCUACGCAGAGAUCGCCCGGCCAGACGACACGCUGGAGCCCUUUUUUGACUCGCUGGUGAAGCAGACGCGGGUGCCCAAUGUCUUCUCACUGCAGCUGUGUGGGGCUGGCUUCCCAGCCAACAACUCCGAGGCCCUGGCUGCUGUGGGGGGCAGCAUGAUCAUCGGGGGCACCGACCCCUCUCUCUACACGGGCAGCAUCUGGUACACGCCCGUGCGGAAGGAGUGGUACUACGAGGUGGUCAUUGUGAAGAUGGAGAUCAGCGGGCAGGACCUGCGGCUGGACUGCAAGGAGUACAACUAUGACAAGAGCAUCGUGGACAGCGGAACCACCAACCUGCGCCUCCCCAAGAAGGUCUUUGAGGCAGCCGUGAAAUCCAUCAAGACAGCCUCGGCGACAGAGAAGUUCCCUGACGGCUUCUGGCUGGGGGAGCAGCUGGUCUGCUGGCCAACAGGCACCACCCCCUGGCACAUCUUCCCCGUCAUCUCCCUCUACCUGAAGGGCGAGACCACCAACCAGUCCUUCCGGAUCAGCAUCCUGCCCCAGCAAUACUUGCGCCCGGUGGAAGACGUGGCCACCUCGCAGGACGAAUGCUACAAGUUUGCCAUCUCGCAGUCUUCCACAGGCACCGUCAUGGGCGCAGUCGUGAUGGAGGGUUUCUACGUGGUCUUUGACCGUGCCCGCAAGCGCGUUGGCUUUGCUGUCAGCACCUGCCACGUGCAUGAUGAGUUCCGGACAGCCACCGUGGAUGGGCCCUUCUUGCAACUCGACAUGGAGGACUGCGGCUACAACAUUCCCCAGACGGACGAGUCCACUCUGAUGACCAUCGCCUAUGUCAUGGCGGCCAUCUGUGCCCUCUUCAUGCUGCCGCUCUGCCUCAUGGUGUCGCAGUGGCGCUGCUUGCGCCGGGGCCGCGAUGAUUUUGCAGACGACAUCUCCUUGCUCAAGUGAGCACUGCCCGCCUG